GUGCCCACCAAGCCCAUGACGACGCUGCUGGCCAGGGUCCAGCACGUAGGUCCUGCCAACGGGGACAUUGCCCCGAAGACCGCACUACAACCAUUCAGUAAGGACCCAUCGCCCGCCCGCAGACACCGCCUGAGUCCCCCACUUGUCCCAGCAGCGACAGUGCAGGACCCCCACGGGGCACUGAGCUGCCAGCGCUCUAAUCUCUCAGGCAGACGUUGUGAUUCCGUGGGGAGUCGCGAUCCGCUCACAGCACAGGAAGGUGGUGUGGAGACGACCCGUUCUGCACAGCGGCUGACGCUCAGCAAGGUGGCCAGGGAGCCUGUGCUGGACACCUUAGUUCAGAUCCUGGCUCGCUGUGACAUCACAGUGCUGCAGGAGGUGGUGGACUCUACUGGCAGUGCCAUCCCACUCCUGCUUCGAGAACUCAAUCGAUUUGAUGACUCUGGGCCCUACAGCUUCCUGAGCAGCCACCUGCUGGGGCGUGGCACGUACAAGGAGAAAUACGUGUAUAUCUACCGGUCACACAGGGCGCAGGUCCUGGAUUCCUACGUGUACGACGAUCAGAAUGACCUCUUUGCCCGGGAGCCCUUUGUGUGCCGGUUCUCUUUGCCCAGCAAGGUCCUUCCCAGCCUGGUGCUGGUCCCACUGCACACCACGCCGAAGGCCGUAGAGACGGAGCUCAACGCCCUGUACCACGUUUUUCUGGACGCCUCCCAGCGCUGGCAGAGCGAGGACGUGAUCCUGCUUGGGGACUUCAACGCUGACUGUGCUUCACUGACCAAAAAGCGCCUGGAUGACCUAGUCCUUCGGACUCAGGCUGGCUUCCACUGGGCCAUCCCUGAUGGCGUGGACACCACGGUGCGGGCCAGCACCCACUGCACCUACGACCGCAUAGUGCUACACGGGGAGCAUCUGCAGAGCAUGCUGCGCGGCGCAGCCGCCUUCGACUUCCCCCAGAGCCUCGGGCUCACCGAGGAGGAGGCCCUCAACAUCAGCGAUCACUACCCCGUGGAGGUGGAGCUGAGCUGCGCGGUGCACGGGGCCCAGACCCUCAGCCUGGCCGCUCUGUUACCGUCACUGCUGCUGCUCCUGUCCCCCCAGCUGGGCCUGGUGGCCUGAAGCCACCGCAUGCCAGCUGCCCAGUUGCGAGGACUAUGCCGUUUUCUGGACUCAACCCACCCGUUCUAUCCUGCCCUGCCACUCCUCUAUGCCCUGCCACUCCUCUAUGCCCUGCCACUCCUCUAUGUGCCUUUGCUUUGGCCUGUGCUUGGCAUGAGAAUGUGGAAGAGGAAGGCAGGAGCCCUGAGGCUGGAACCACGCCACUCUAAGCCCAGGUAGUGUCAGGAGUGAGGACAAAAGGCAGGCUCCAGGGCUGGGGUGGGGGAACGAAAAUCCCCCAUGCUGCAAUGAAGAUCCCACGUGUCACAACUAAGACCCCGAUGCAGCCAAAUAAAUAAAUAUUUAUUGUAUGCCAAGACCAUA